CCCAAUUUUGGAACUUUUGGAACUGGUAUUCUGUUGAAUAUCCUGUUGAGAACUUUUCAAGAUAUACUCAACAGUAUCUCGAAGAACUUUUCUAUACCAGAGAAAUAGAAGAAACCUGGAUUAUUAUUUUUAAAUUGAUAUUUAAUCCAUUUACCGUUCUCUACAUCGCAAGUGAAAUUACAUCUCCAGUAUCAUCUGAUGAUAGUUUUGGAUUAGAUAAUCCUGAAAUAUUAAACGAUCCAAAUUUUAAUAAUUUAUUAUUUAAUACCGAACCUCUAAAUAUUGAGCAAUUAUUUAAAGAAGAAAAUCCAAUGGCUGCCUAA